AUGGAUGUUUCUCAUCGUGAUGUAAGUUAAUAUUGGUUUUUUUAGUUAAUUUAGGUAAUAUUUGGCUGGAGAUGUUUGUUUUUGAACUUAGUCGUGUUUAUUUUAUUGUUGUCAAUCUACGUUUAGUAAGUUUUCUAUAUAAAAUUUGAUCUUUCAGGUAAAAACGUACCGUUUUAAGAACCGUGGUGAUGAUGUGACCGGGUCAAUCAAGAAACGCGACAUUAGAGAUCCGGUAAUAAUUUUUUUUAUGUUUUUGUUUUUAGGUAUGAGUAAUGUACAUUUUUUAAACGUUUUAUGUAGCUAUCUAGAGGUAUUACAGAAUUUGUACAUUUGAAAAUGGCAAAAUACUGAAAAAUUUCGGUUUUCCUUGGAAUAUUUUGGUGUUUUCAAUUAGCUGUAGCUUAGUUGGUAUUCAAGAUAUAUUAGGCAAACUGUGGGGUGAUUUACUAUAUUUUAUGCUCUAUAAAAUGCUACUUUUGGUUUUUUAAAAACUUGGGUUUAUGGUAGUGUACUGUACUUUCAAAGCGUGACAUUUAGGUUUUUGCUGGAUUUUUUGUUUUUUUUAGGUUUUUAGAGUUUGUCAUACUCGUAUUUGCACGAAAUUUUGUAUUUCAACUACCAAGUUUAAUUUUUUUUCCAUUUUAAAAAUUUUUUUUUUCAUUUUGUUAUUUUGUCAGGUGGAGCGGUCGUUGUUUGAAUAUAGUAAGUUGAUACCUAAAAUUGAUUUUUUUGAUAUUAGCUUAUGUGCUUUUGACUUAUUUUUGCGUUUUAAUAAUUUUAAUAAGGUCAAAGAGUUUGUAAAAUACGUUCUGGCAAUAUUUGUAUUUAAAAAAAUUUUUUUUGAAACUUUUAGACCGGAAAACCAAAAAUUUGAAAUUAAAAAAAAAUUUAAAUUUAUCGACCGGUCGAUCUUUAUGAUUUUAAGAUAUGCUUAUGAAGCGGAAUUCUUUGUGUUCACAAAAAUCACAGCAAGAGAUUAAUGGGCGGCCGAAACGAAAGUCCAAGUCCAAAUACGAGUAUGACAAAGCUAAAUGGCCUGAGGGCUCGAGAAGGGUAAAAUUUUGAAUUUUUUAAAUUUUUUUUUGUGUAGAAUACGGCAGGGUAGAGUUUGGUGUGGUAAACAAAGAGAUGCUGGGACAGGGUAAGGCAAGGUGGGGUAGAGUAAGGUAGGGGAGAACAGUGUAAGCUUGGGUAGGGUUAGGUAGGGUAGACUAAAUUAGGGCAGUGUAGGCCAUAAAAAAUAUAAUUUUCCACUUUUAGCGAAGCAAGAAGCGAGAUCGACUGUUCCGCGAUGGUGAAUGGCUAGUCAAGGGCAAUAUCCAGAUCAUUCGAAUGAUUGGCGAAGGUGGCUUCGGACAGAUCUACGAAGCCGAGGACAAGAAAGGCGUUCGAAUGGCUGUCAAAACGGGACCACGCAACCACAAAAGUGCACCACGUAUGGUACUGGAGCAGUUUUUGUUGCAAAAGAUCAGUCGUUACGAGUUCUUUCCGGACUUUGUGAGUUUUUCGGUUUUUGAACAUGAAAAUGGCAAAAAAAUUUUUUUAAAAACCAAAAAAUUGCGCGAACUUUCUUUACAAAAUAUAAAACGGCAUUCCUCGUAUAACUAGUCGCCUGCAGGCUGCAAAAUACAAAACAUGGCUUUUUAUAAAGAAAUGGCAAGAACUUUCUGUACAGAAUAUAAAAUCGGUGGAUUUUGGGUUUUAUGGCUUCAAAUGGCAAUAACUUUUUUUACAAAACGAAAAAGGCAAAAACUUUCUUUACAAAACUUAAACUGGCAAAAACUUUUUUUACAAGACAUAAAAUGGUAAAAACUUUCUUUACAAGACAUAAAAAAUCAAUAACAGCAAUAUUUUUUUCAUUUUCAGUACCGUAGUGGUUCCACCGACACUGUCAACUACAUUUGCAUGGAGUUGCUGGGCCCAAACGUCCACGACCUGAAAAAGAAACGUGACAGCGGCCAUUUCAGCACGGCCACCUCUUUUGGCGUCGCACAUCAAAUGGUCUACGCAUUGGAAGCUGUUCAUUACGUUGGAUACCUUCAUCGCGAUGUAAAGCCGUCAAACAUGUGUCUGAGAACGGAGAACUCACGUGUGGUACUACUGGUUGAUUUUGGGUGGGUUAUUGAAGGAUUGGGUUAGAGGGGAGAUUUUGGUCGGUUUUGAAGAUGUAAAGAAAGUUCUUGCCAUUUUAUGUUUUGUAAAGAAGGUUUUUGCCAUUUUAAACUUUGUAAAGAAAGUUCUUGUGAUUUAUAUUUAUAAAACUUUUUUUUACAAACAAUGUCAUUGUAGCCUAGCCCGUCGCUAUCUGGACCAACGCGGAGUCCUUCGCCGAUUCCGUUCGUACGCCGGCUUCCGCGGCACCGGUCGUUACGCGUCGUGGAGAGUGCACGAUCAUCAAGAGCACACUGUAGUCGAUGACUUUUGGAGUUUGGUUUACUCCACCAUCGAAAUGGCAAUGGGUGAUUUGCCAUGGCGCAAAGUUCAAGAUCCAAAACACUUGAUCAAAGCCAAACGUCAAUUCGUGCCGAAAAUGAGACGCUACACCUCCAGAAUGACGUACCUCUUCAGCUAUCUGAACUCGUGCGAACCACAUUAUCGUAUCGACUACUCCAAGGUCAAGAAGGCGUUGAAAUUGCCGGAUGACGAAGCCGACGAACCCUAUGAUUGGGAAGCGGAGGAGAUCUACACGGAAAGCAGCGAUUACAACGAAUCCACCAGAGCCACGGCUUCUGAAUCCGUAGAAAGCGAGGAAUCGGAAGCUGGAGAGAAAGUUGUUUUGCUUGAGGAAUGA